GCGUAAAGGUCUCGUUACCUGGCCAUAAAAUUAAAAAAAAAACUUAAUACUUAUGUCUUAUUAGUUAUUACUUAUUACGUACUAUACUAUAGUAAAUAGUUAUUUAUAAACAAACUAACAAUUUCGAUGUGUAGCUUUUUCCGAAAAGUUUCAACAUUUUUAAAACAGUUGACGAAUAAGUAUCAUAUUUUCGAGCCAAUAGGAAAAUAAUAAUUGUCCUGAUUUCUCAUAAGUUUUGGAUAAAAUGUAUAAUAGGUUAUAAUUUCAUAUUAUUGAAAAUUUUCGAUAAUAUUGAACGAUGACAAUGUCUGGAGAUGGUCCUGCGGGGGGCUCUCAAGUUGCACUUGUGACUGGUGGCUACGAUCACACCAUCAAGCUCUGGCAGGCUCAUAGCGGUGUUUGUUUACGUACUAUGCAACAUCCAGACUCGCAAGUAAAUGAUUUAGAAAUUAACCCUAGCGGGCAAAUGGUUGCAGCAUGUGGGUACCAGCAUAUUCGGAUGUAUGAUUUAGCCAGUGCCAACCCUGAUCCAAUCAUUAACUUCGAUGGUGUCACUAAGAAUGUCUCACGUGUUGGCUUUCAGGAAAAUGGUCAGUGGAUGUAUACGGGUGGAGAAGACUGCACUGCCAGGAUUUGGGAUUUAAGAGCAGGAAGACAAUUUCAAUGUCAGCGGAUAUUUCAAGUGCCGGCUCCAGUAAAUGCAGUUGUGUUACACCCAGACCAAUCGCAGAUCAUGGUAGGAGGUCAGAGCGGAAUUAUUCACAUCUGGGACUUGAAGACUGAUCACAAUGAACAACUUAUACCUGAAGCGGAGGCCUCUAUCCAAGAUAUAGCAAUAGACCCAGAAGGUAAAUUAAUGGCGUGUGUCAAUAAUAAAGGAAAUUGUUAUAUUUGGUCUUUGGGUGGGUCACCGCCUCGGCCUGUUCCAAAGAAACACAUACAGGCUCAUAGCAAGUACGCGUUGAGAUGUAACUUCAGUUUGGAUUCUACUAUGUUAGUAACGACAUCUGGCGACUGUUCUGCGAAAGUGUGGAACACAAAAGACUGGACCCUAAAACGCGAAUUAAGACACGACACACAGCGCUGGGUGUGGGAUGCCGCCUUCACCAUCGACUCUAGAUAUCUCUUCACAGGUUCAUCGGACAGCUACGCACGUCUGUGGGAUUUGGAGAAAGGGACUUUAGAACGCGAAUAUUGCGGACAUCAGAAACCUAUCACAGCGCUAGCUUUCCGUGACCAAGCUGUAUAGAUCUAAUAUUAUUAGUAUC